AUGGAAGCCAAGGUGAAAUUGACCAAAGGCAAUGGUGAUUCAGUGGAUCCUACUCAAUAUCGUAGCAUUGUUGGGAGUCUACAAUAUUUGGUGAAUACAAGGCCGGACAUAGCCUACGCAAUGGGAGUUGUGAGUCGUUACAUGGAGAAACCUACAACUCUGCAAAAGACUUCAGUGAAGCAGAUUAUGAGGUAUGUCAAAGGAAGAAUCAAGUAUGGUUGUGGUUUCAAAAAAGGAAGAGAGCUGGAAGUAGGCCUUGUGGGUUACAGUGAUAGUGAUCUUGCUGGUGAUCUGGAUGAUCGCAAGUGCACUAGUGGAGUUGUGUUCUUCCUUGGAGGCAUCUUGAUCUCAUGGAGUUCACAGAAGUAG